GACGUACGAACAAGUACUGGCGGGAGUUUUUUUUUACCGCGACUUUUCUGUUUCGUUCGCUCGUGUACAUCUAUCGUAAACUAGAGCCGUUGGCUUACCGUUAGCUAGCUGUUUGUAUAUCUGCUACCUGCCACCUGCCUAAAGACAUGGGUUUACUGGAACAGUGCGAGGAGCUCUUCCAGACAUCAAACCUUUACGAGGUGCUCGGCGUCCCCAAAGGAGCGUCAGACGGGGAGCUGCGACGCGGCUAUUAUAAACUGUCCCUGCAGGUGCAUCCCGACAGAUCCCCAGGCGACCCCCAAGCGACCACCAAGUUUCAGGUAGUAGGGAAGGUGUACGCUGUGCUGAGUGACGAGGAGCAGAGGUUGGUGUACGACGAGCAGGGUACAGUGGAUGAAGGGUCUGGCUGUCUUAGUGGAGAGCGGGACUGGGAGGACCACUGGAGAAGGCUCUUCCCAAAGAUCUCGCUGCAGGACAUCCUGGACUUCGAGAAGCAGUACAAGGGCUCGUCGGAGGAGGAUCAGGACCUCCAGAGGCUGUACAUGCUACACAAAGGGGACAUGGACCGCAUCAUGGAGGGGGCGCUCUGUUGUAGCCACGCCGACGAGCCGCGCGUCCGCGCUGUUCUGCAGCGUGCCAUUGAUGCCCAAGACCUGCCUGCCUACCAGGCCUUCACCCACGAGAGUGGCAGGAAGGUGGCCAAUCGCAAGAGAAAGGCACAGAAGGAGCAGCGGGAGGCGGAAGCUCUGCAGAGAGAGAUGGGUCUGAACCCUGAGGACAACCUGGUGGCCAUGAUCCAGCAAAGGCAGAAGUCCAAAGAGAAAGAGUUCAACUCGCUCAUCUCCGAUCUGGAGGCUAAAUACUGCAAGAAGCCCUCCAAGGGAACAAAGGCAAAGAAAAAGUGAACCGCUGCUGAGUCCUGACUAACCAUGGCACAAUUGCUUUUUCAAAAUUGCCAGUAAACAAGUGUACAAAAAGCGAUUUACUGGGUUGCUUUUCCAACUGCACACCCACGUUCUGUUCUUGUGGGUUGUCAAAUAUGGUUCCGCUUUUCUUUUUUAACGUUCGUGUUGUGGACCCCAGUGAAGUACCAGCGUGCGCACAUGAAAAAUUCGGCCAACUGGCACACAUUGUCCAAAAAGCGACUUCUCCUGUGGGUUUUAUUCUUGCUGUGCUUUACUUGGCAACCGCAGGGAGAGAGCGUGCGCUCUUGAGAAGACGUGAUCUGAUUGGACCCAAGCUGGACACUUCCUUAGAUAUGCCUGCUUCCCACGGGUCACAGCUUGUAUGAUCAGUAAUGAAGUGAUUCACCUGCUUCAGCUGACCCCAGUGUGUUUUAUUUCACAGUCUCCUGCAGCCAGCCAAUGCACAGUGAAUGGUUAGUGCGUUUAUGUAUAGUUUGUGUACGUACAUCUACACGCAUCAUGAGAAAGAGGUCAGAGAAAACGGUGGAAACAUUGUAUGAGUUGUGUGCAGUAUAUCUUAUCUACAAACUGAUAGAAAAUUUCCAAUAGUAAAGCCCAAAAACUCAGGCUUUUCCAUUUAGGACUUGCUGUAUAACCGGUUUCUAAUGGCCAGCUUUGCAAGUUAAAUGUGCCUGAUAAAUUUGGAAGGCAGCUGUAGCUAACAGUAAUGUGGUUUCUAAAUUAAGCUUGUGGUAAGUACUUGUAUGAAGCUUGUGGUAAGAUUGUAAUGUUUAAUUCUGUUGUACUGAUCAUUUUUACCAAAACAAGUGAAAAUUUAGGAAGAGAGGCAUGUGGGUGCAUGUUUAAAUUUUGAUCUGCCAUUCUGGCAGUGAAAUAAGUUGCUUCAAAUUGUCUUGUGGCAUGUUUUAUUGUAGAUGGAUCAUAACUAUUAGAACUCAAUAAAAACAUUUUUUUUUUUUUAAA